UGAUUUACCGCGAAGAAAUCUACGACUUCAACGCCCUACAGAUGGGGCUGGUGUACCUGAGCCUGUGCAUCGGCGGCAUCCUCGGCACCGCCGUGGCGAGCAAGGUCUCGGACGUGAUCCUCAAGGCGAUGGCGCGCCGCAAUGGCGGGCUAUACGAGCCCGAGUUCAGGCUAGUCAUGGCAGCGCCCGUGGCGCUCACGACGGUCGUCGGCCUGAUGAGCUUCGGCUGGUCAGCCCAGGUGCGCGACAAUUACAUAGUCCCGACCGUCUUCUUUGGGGUCGUCUCGUUCGGCUGCUCGCUCGGCUCGACGACGGCCAUCACGUUCUGCGUCGACAGUUAUAGGCAGUACGCCGGCGAGGCGCUCGUGACGCUAAAAUUCAGCAAGAACAUCUUCCACGGCCUCGUCUUCAGCCUGUUUGUGACCGGCUGGCUGACCGCCGACGGCCCAAAGUCGGUCUACGUCUGGAUCGGCAUCAUCCAGCUCGUCCUCCUCCUCCUCUCCACCAUCCCGAUGUACAUGUACGGGAAGCGGGCUAGAAUAUGGACCGUUCGCAAGAACUUUAUGGAGCGGUUCUAGAUCAACUUUUCCAAGAUUGAGUACUGAAGAGCAUUGGGGUAAAUAUAAUGAUGACCAAGUUUUGCGGGUUUCUUUCUUUCGUUCUUGGUUUUCUGUGCCUGUGUGUUUGCAUUGCAAGGCUGCACUUAGGCGCAUACUACUGUUAUUUGUUUUAUUUAACUGUCUGAGAGGCACCGUUUUUUCGUCCCAUUGGGUUACACGGGUUACACGACCCCGGCGUUCCGGGUCUAUUCUAUGGCAUCGGCAUUGCGAGCUUGGCCUUGGUUGUACCUGUCCCUGGGAAGCGAUUAUAAAUAGAUUUAUAUCACUGUUAUAUAUGACGGCUA